AGUCAGGAAGCAAAGAUGAUCUCCUUCAAGCAACUGCCCAUUGAAGCAAAGGCUGCAGUGGCUGCAGGAGUGGUUUUCUUCUCCAUGAUGCUAUCACGGAGUUACCUGGCGGAAAAACUCGAUUUCAGGACACAGCGCUGGCUUCUAAGGCUGCAAAUGGCACUAUUUGCUAAUACACUCAUGUUGAUGGGGUCUCUUCAUGUUUGGAGAAGUACAGUCACCACAUUCGCCAGGUCUUCACCUGCCAGCUCCUUCUGUUUCAUGCUGUGGAAAAUAGCUGUGUUCAUGUUUCUAGCUUUGGCUCAUUCAAGCUUCUUUACAUUGCUAUUUCUUGUUGCAGAAGAGCCCUAUUUCUUUUCUUUAGCUGCCUACACUUGCUUGGGGGCUUAUAUUAUUCUCAUCUUUUUCCUCUUCACUCUAGGCUCUGUAGAGCAGGCCUACAAGUUCUUGGCUGGGAAAGGCGCUAAGGCAGGCACUGGCAACAAGAACAGAACAGCACUGAAACCAGUUCUGGCAGUCUUGCUGACUGUUGUGCUGACUGUUAUUGGGCUGUUAAAUGCUUCCCAGCCUCCUACUGUGAAUUCAGUAGAGAUUCCAGUUCACAACCUGCCCUCAAUAAUGAAUAACCUUAAAGUGGUGUUGCUUUCAGAUAUCCAUCUGGGGCCUACAGUUGGGAAGACCAAGCUUGCCAUGAUAGUGAGAAUGGUUAAGGCUUUAAAACCAGAUAUCACUGUGAUUGUUGGGGACCUAUCUGAUGCUGAGGCAAAGAUUAUACGACCUGCUGUUGAGCCUCUUGGAGAACUUGAUUCCCCCUUGGGGACUUACUUUGUCACAGGAAACCAUGAGUACUACACCUCAGAUGUUAGCAACUGGUUUGAGCUGCUAAAAUCGUUUAACAUCCAGCCAUUGCAUAACGAGAAUGUGAAGAUCGUUUCACCAAAGAGCAAUUCCGACUGGUUCUGCCUGGCUGGCGUGGAUGAUAUUGAAGCAGAUGUGUUGCGCUAUUCGGGACACGGCAUGGAUUUGAAAAAAGCUCUCAGAGGUUGUAGCAGUGAGCAUGCAAUAGUGCUCUUAGCUCAUCAGCCAAUUGCUGCAAAGUGGGCCCUUCAGGAGAGACCAGACAUAAAUUUAAUUCUCUCUGGCCAUACUCACGGAGGUCAGAUUUUCCCUCUAAAUGCUGGAGCUUAUCUUCUGAAUCCAUUCUUUGUUGGCUUGUACCAAGUUGGGCAGAAUACCUUCGUCUAUGUCAGCCCAGGGACGAUGUACUAUGGAAUACCUAUGAGGCUGGGCAGCAGAGCUGAAAUAACAGAGAUCAUUCUACGUUCUCCUUGAGGACUUUUCCAUUUGACAGACAUUUUUUUUUUUUUUUUUAUGCCGGUGUAUUGGCUCUUCUACUAUGGAAGCAAAUCCUUUUUCAGGGAAGCCAGAGAAGAUGUGUUUGGCUUCAGCACAUUAUCUUAAGUUUGAGGAGAAAACACUAGCUGUAUCUUGGGCCUGUGAAACAAAAUUGGAACUUGUUAAAUUACUGAAGAAAUUAGGUCUUAGAGUUGAUUAUUGUUGAGGUUCUCUAUUUACAGAUAACCCUGAUGUCAUGGAGAUAAUGUGUGUCUUGUGCAUGUCCUUUGUUUUGUCCUGCAGCUACUUCAUGUUCCACUAUUUGGUACCCAUCAGGCAGCUGCCUUAUCAAAUCUCAGGCAGGUGAAGUUCUGAGCUUGUGCAGUGAACUCACUUAAGCGUUUAUGUUUUUUUUUUCAGAAAGGCCUGCAGGAGCGUACACUGAGUAUGUAAACUCUAGGAGGCUUAUGCUAGAGUUGUUAUGGGAAAGGAAUAGUUUAAUUGUUUAGUUUUUUUGUAUUUUUUUUUAAUUGAGGCUGGAUAUCUUUAUCCUGUUAGCUGUCUGCAGCAUUUACCAGGGCUUCUAGUCUGUGCUUCUUACUAGUACUAUAAGUAGUCAGGCAUCAGUUCUGAAAUUCAGUUUUGUCCACUUAUAAAGUUGGUGAGACUGACACCAAAAGGUACAAGUAGCUGUCUUUCUUAGGCAUUUUCCCCAGAAUAGGUAGGCAUCCAGUAAGUGCUUACUGAAAAUAGCUCCAAUAAAAGUGAAUGAGGAAGAUUCCAGCAUUGACUUGUUGCUGUCUGAGCAUAUAGUACCUCCUUUUAUAAAGCACUAAUUCCAAAGCUGAAAUACUCAGUGUGUUUUGUCUUCAUUCAGUAUUUUUUCUUUCUGCCUAAUUUCUCCUCCAUCAUUUUUCUCUUGCAAGAGUAAGUAGAUGCUAUUUGAAAACAAUGCAAAUAAGUUAAUGCUUGGAAUUGGUUAAAAGCUUUAAGUAAAUUAUGUCCUCUUUUAAUGAGACUAAGCUCUACAGCAGGUGACUUUGCCUAAGA